CGGGGGGCAGCGGGCGGGGGCGGGACGGGACAGAACGGCGCGGGGAGCGCGGAGCCCCGGCCCGGUCCGGUCCGGUGUCCGGAAUGCGCCGCAGCGCCCGGGAACAUGGGCCGGCAGAGCCCGCCGCGCAACGGCUUCGGCGGCCACGACUUUGAUGCUAAGAAGAAAAGAAAAGUGGCAGAGAUUUACCAGGCUCUGAACAGUGACCCCAUCGACGUGCCAAAGCUGAGGCGGAUGGCGAUCAGCAAGGGCGGGCUGCUCACGGACGAGAUCCGGUGCAAAGUGUGGCCAAAGCUGCUCAGUGUUAAUACAGACAACCUGCCCCCUCUUCCAGCAGGGAAGGAGCUGCGAGAGGACAAUAAGGAUUACCAGCAAGUGUUACUGGAUGUGCGGCGAUCCCUGCGCCGCUUCCCACCAGGGAUGCCAGAUGAUCAGAGGGAAGGAUUGCAGGAGGAGCUCAUCGAUAUCAUCCUCCACGUCCUCAAGCGCAACCCCCAGCUGCACUACUACCAGGGGUACCAUGACAUCGUGGUCACCUUCCUGCUGGUCGUGGGGGACAGGCUGGCCACAGCACUGGUGGAGAAGCUCUCAAUACAUCAUCUCAGGGAUUUUAUGUACCCAACGAUGGAUAAUACCAAGCAGAUUUUAAAUUACCUGAUGCUCAUCAUAGACCAGGUGAACCCUGAGGUGCACGACUUCAUGAAGAGUGCGGAGGUGGGAACCAUCUUUGCUCUCAGCUGGCUGAUCACCUGGUUUGGCCAUGUUUUAUCUGACUUCCGGCACGUUGUGCGAUUAUAUGACUUCUUCCUGGCUUGCCACCCACUGAUGCCCAUUUAUUUUGCAGCUGUGAUUGUGCUGCACCGGAAGCAGGAAGUUCUGGACUGCGAGUGUGACAUGGCCUCUGUCCACCACCUCCUGUGCCAGAUCCCACAGGAUCUUCCUUAUGAGUCUCUGAUCAGCAAAGCCGGGGAGAUUUUUGUCCAGUUCCCGCCUUCCAAACUCACCAAGGAGGCAGCUCAGGCGGAACGAACUGCGGCUUCCACUUUUAAGGACUUUGAGUUGGCAUCAGUGCAGCAGAGACCAGACACUGUGUUGAGGCAACGCUUCAGAGAGCGGAUGCGAGGGGAGGAGCGGCUCCAAGGGGAGGAGCGGACAAAAUCCAUCUUGACAAAACCCCGGACCAACCGCUUUGUCAAGCUGGCAGUGAUGGGGCUGACGGUGGCACUGGGAGCAGCUGCCCUGGCUAUGGUGAAGAGUGCACUGGAGUGGGCACCCAAGUUUCAGCUGCAGAUUUUCCCCUGAAGCUGGAGGAAGGGCCUUUGCUGUCACUGCACCCAUCCCCAGCAGGAAGGGCUGAUGGCUGAUGAAGGACCUGUCCAGAAACAACCCGUCUGAAGAUUAUUUAUUAUUCUUACUGCAUCCAGUAACACUUUUGGCCUUUAUGACAGAGACUGAGGGAACCCUUCCAGCCAGACGGUUCCCCACACCAUGCUCACCUUGUUCCCCUCUCCCUGUGCAAGGGCGAGCAGACAGGUACUCCUGCUAUCUCCUGAGGAACCAGAGGUAUGGACACAUUUGUCUGUUAAAGCUGUGCUCAGGUGACUAUACAGAGGGAGAGCUGAGUGUGGGCUGUGCCCAAAGGAUCCUGUGUUCUCCACUGGGGAAAACUAGUGGGAGUGAGAACAGAUCUUCGCCUGGAGGAGAGUGUCCAGCAGGGUUUGUUCUGGGUGCUUGCGUGUGUGAGGGUGGAGAGUGUUGCACUUCUGAGGAACAGGGCAGACCUUUGGCUCUUCAUUGCUCCAGUGUGCCCCAUGAUCUGCCUUCAGCUUUGCUGGUGCUCCAGCUCUUUCCUGUCCUGUGGACACCCUCUGAGCAGAGCCAAACCUUUCCCACACCCCAGUCAGCACAAUGCUGUGAGCUUCUCUUCAGCGUGUAACAUUCCCUGGCUCUUUUUGUUUCCA